AUGUCCGCCACAGCCUUGAAUUUCGUUCCGGGCCUGGUGCAGAACGCCACGAUCCCGCCGCCCCGACCCCUGGAAGACCAUGGCACGGUGCAUCAGAUGCGGCUCCUCCUCACCAUCACUCAUCUCCUCCUCGUUUCAUUGGGCUCCAUCAACUUGUUGGUGGUGUUUGUGAUUGCCGUCAAACCAUAUAUGCGCUCCAUUACCAAUGUUUACAUGGUGUCGCUGUGCUUGGCGGACUUUAUGUACCUCGCCAAUUUGGUCUUGGUGGCGGCCACACAGCUGAACAAUAAGAGUUGGCCGUUUGGCCAGUUUUUGUGCACGGUUUAUCAUGGAACGGAGACUACUGGUAAGGCAAUGGGAAAAAUGAAAAAAAAAUAAAUUUUUUAUGGAAAAAAUUUCAAAAAAAAAAAAAUAAAAAAAAAUAAAAUAAAAUAAAAUAAAAUAAAAUAAAAUAAAAUAAAAUAAAAUAAAAUAAAAUAAAAUAAAAUAAAAUAAAAUAAAAUAAAAUAAAAUAAAAUAAAAUAAAAUAAAAAAUCAAAAAAAUCUGAAAUUAUUAUUUUUUUUUUAUUUUUUUCGGAAAGGUCAUAUUCCACAAAUCAAGUUCCGGAUUCGUAUUUUACAAAUAUUUAUUUUUUUUCGAAAUUCAGAAAAGAAACUAGGAUUUUCUCUCCUUUUUAUUACAAAAAAACGUAACACAUACGACCCUCAGAUUCCCUCUAAAUUUUGCACAUAUUUUUUAUAUCAGCCACUUAUCAAUUCCAGAAAAUUUUAGCUCGCUCUUUACAGGCACAGCCGAGAUAUUCAACAACCUUUGUGACCGAGAGACUCCCCGAAACGUGGAGAGCGGUCAGAGAAAACCACUUUUUGGCCAUAUCUUUGCCAGUUUCACAUGAAAAAAUUUGAUUUUUUGUGGAAAUAUUACACUCUACGGUAGAAAUAGGCACAAAACUUUUUGUGCCAAAAUUCGAAAAAAAAGUGUCGCAUUUUUUACAACUUUUGAUCUAAAAAUCUUGGUUAUUUCUGCAAAUCACAAGCUAGAAGCUCCGUAUAUGUCAUAGAAAAAAAAUAUUUUAAAUCUGUGCCAAGUUUUGUCAAAAUUUGAACGUGGCAAAUGUAGCACAUUUUUUUUAAUUUCGAGGCAAAAAAAAUACGAUUUAACAACAAUUCGCCUCCAUCGACGUAUUUUACAAAAAAACAUUUUUAUAUAAUAUUAUUUUUAUUUAUUUUUUAAUAAAAAAUUUUUUCGCCAAAAAAUAAAAAUAAUAAAAUCAAUUUUUUUUAUCAUGCUUCUUAUGCUCGUAUUUUACAAUUUUUUUACAAAAUUUCUUUUCUAAUUCCUUUUAUUUCCAGGUAAAUACGCCUCAGUAAUGUUUGUCGUUCUAUUGGCGGCCGAUCGUUACUGCGCAAUGUGUCGCCCUUCAAUUUGCGCGCGCUAUCGCAACUACAAAGUGGCCUUGGCCCUGACUUGUCUGGCGUGGACGCUGGCCUUCGCCGCAUCUUUUCCGCUCUUCGCCAUCGCCGAAGUUGUAAUGUUGCGGUUUCGGAGUGUGGAGAAUGUGCAUAAAUUGUGCAUUGCCAAGUGGCCAAACUCGGAUGCGGCUAGAUGGUGAGUGGAUUGAAAAAAAAACUUUAAAAUAAAAAAGAAUUGAAAAAAAAGCUUUAUUUUUGAAGACUGCACAGUGCAAAGCAUGUAGCAUUUUUUACGCUUUGCACUGUGCAGUAAUUUCGAUGCUUUGCACUGUGCAAGAUUUUUGGUACUUCGCACUGUGCAGCAUUUUUUACGCUUUGCACUUUGCAGUUAUUUCGAUGCUUUGCACGGUGCGUCAUUUUUGCUAUUUUUCACCGUGCAAAAUUUUUAGUACUUCGCACUGUGCAACUUUUUUGAUCUUUGACAUUUUGCACUGUGCGGCUUUUGAAAUGCCUUGCACGGUGCAUAAUCUUUGAGACUUCGCACUGUGCAGUUUUUCGAAUGUUUUGCACGGUGCAACUUUUUGGAUGCUUUGCACUGUGCAGCAUUUUUGUUACUUCGCACUGUGCACCAUACUUUGACGCGUUGCACUGUGCAGUUUUUUGAACUUCGACGCUAUGCACUGUGCAUAAUCUUUGACACUUUGCACUGUGCAGUUUUUCGAAUGCUUUGCACUGUGCAAUCUUCUUGAUGUUUUGCACUGUGCAAUCUUCUUGAUGUUUUGCACUGUGCAAUCUUCUUGAUGUUUUGCACUGUGCAAUCUUCUUGAUGUUUUGCACCGUGCAGAAUCUUUUAAACUUUGCACUGUGCAGUUUUUCGAAUUUUUGGAACUAUGCAGGUUCUUGAAUGUUUUGCACUGUGCAGAAGCCUUGGCACUUUGCACUGUGCAAUUUUCAAAUUCUUUGCACUAUGCACCCGCGUUUUUUUUUUAUUUUUUGAAUAUCUCGAAAGAACUUUCAAACCGGGCGCUAAAAUUUUUUAGAAUUGAUAUUUAGCCUACAUCCAACGUUUAUACAAGUUUUUUAAUACAAAAUGCGGAAAAAAAAUUUUUUGAAAAUUUUCAAAAUUUCCCAAAUUUUUUUCUAAUUCACCUCAAAAUUUUCAGGUACAUCACCUUCUCCUCGAUCCUGAUCUUCGCCAUUCCCUUAGGGCUCAUUAUUUUCUUCUACUACCAUAUCCUGAACAAGCUACGGGCGGCGGUCAAGUCGAACAAGCGAAUGCGGCGCUCUUCCAGCUCCCGAGCACCAUACCAUCGUGUUACGCGGCUCGUAUUGUGGGUGGUCAUCUUCCAUGUGAUGUGUUGGUCGCCCUUCUGGACUUUCAACCUGUUCAGCUCGAUUUUGCGGCUUCGAAUUUCGACGCAAUUCGAUCGGAUCGUCGUCAAUGUCAUCCACUUGUUCCCCUACAUGAAUUGCGCUCUGAAUCCGCUGGUGUACGCGGUGAAUGCGGAGAACUUCCGCCGGGCGUUCCGUUCGCUGUUUUGUGGAGCCAAGACGGCGCACAGCUCGUUGGCGCCGGAUGACACGCAUUUCCCGGGACAUACGACGAAUAGACAAACGUAAGGAGGUUUUUGUUAAAAAAUGGGGGUUUUGAGGGAAAAACCUUGGUUUAAAAUACGAAAACAAAUACUAAAUAGCCUCUAAUAUCCUUUACGCAUCAUAUUAUUAAUUAAUUUCACGCAAAUUUCGCAUUUUUAGGGCAUAAAAUCCAGAAAAUAUAUCAAAAGUGCCAUGGAUAAUAUAAUUUUGGUCAUAAAACUCCCAGAAAUCACAAACGAAAGCCUAAUUUUUGCCUUAGCCUUUUCACAACGUCUUCUCCUUGCAGUCUGAGCUGAUUCUCCGCUAAAAAUCACCUUGCAACAGAAUGCCAAGAAACUGCGAAAUUUCGCGGGAAUUUGAAUUUGUGAACUCUGAGCCGUCGAAAACUCGUGGAGAUGCUUAAAAAUGAGUAGGAAUCAAGGAAAAAAUAAAAACAUAGAUAUUUUUUCCACUUUUUUUCACGUUUUUAGUAAUAAAUACGAUAGUUGCAGAUUGACAAGUGCCUUCAAUCACAGUUCCGAGCGUUUGUUGAGCAUCCACAGCGGCCAAACGGCGCUCGCGCAACGCUAUGCCUCAGCCACAAUGCUAAAUGGGUCCGUCUUUCUGCCGCAUCAUGAGAAAUCUCCACUGCCCACUCCUCCGACCAAGGUGAGAUAUUACAUACUACUGCAAUAUAAAAAAUCGAAAAAACGAAAAAUUUUCAAACAAAUUUUGAGUGAUAUUAAAUUUAUAACGUUGCAGUGGGCGUUUCUGGUUCAAAAACGUCUGUUUGAAGCCAUUUUAAGACUUGCAACAGAACGCCAAAAAAAUUUUGAAUUUCGCGGGAAAUUUGAAGUUUGAUUUUUUUAGACUAAAAAAAGUAGAAAUUGAGAUCUGAGGCGUUAAAAUUUAAUUUAUUUACUGUUUUAUUCAAAAUAACACCUUGCAAGAGAAUGCCAAAAAAAUCUUGAAUUUGGCGGGAAAAUUGAAAUUUGGUUUUUUUUAACUAGAAAGACUAGAAAUUGAGAUCUGAGUUGUUAAAAUUUAUUUUACACACUAUUUUUAUUCGAAAUCAGCCCUUGCAACAGAAUGCCAAGAAAUUUUGAAUUUGGCGGGAAAAUUGAAAUUUGAUUUUUUUUAGACUAGAAAGACUAGAAAUUGAGAUCUGAGUUGCUAAAAUUUAUUCUACACACUAUUUUUAUUCAAAAUCAGCUCUUGCAACAGAAUGCCAAAAAUUUUUGAAUUUGGCGGGAAAUUCAAAAUUCAAUUUUUCAAUUUCAGCCCAAAGAGCCGACCGUCCCGGAAUGCGACGAACUGCCGGCGGAGCUGCAGGACUGCACAAAGCACUGUUCCGUUGUGCGCUUCGUCAACGAAACCACCGAAGAUUUGGUCUUUCCCAUCGCCGUUCGCCAUCGCCGCGUUUCGUCGAUAAAUUUGGCGCCCAAAGUGGGCGACUCAACACCAAAUGCGCUGUCGCCUACGCAUCUGCCUCAAACAAAUUCGAAUAUGUCGCUGAAUCGAUCGCUGAAUGACUCGGGCGACGAGGUUUUUAUGUAA